UGAAUUUGGUCGUUGAGGAUGCGGUGGGCUCAGGUUCCAAAGCCGUUAGAAGGCGAGAGAAAGCGCCAAAUUUAAAUCGGGGCUCUGCUUUUUCACGACGCUUGUCCGCGGUGUUGUGUCGGCCGUUCGCUUGGAUAGACGCGGAGUAGUUGUGUGUGCCUAAACAACCCAACAGUCGCUACUUACAGCCGGACUCAUAAUGGCUGAGUGGAGCUCAGCGGCCGCCAGCGCCGGGAGUCUUCUGGUGGAUUCAUCCGGUUUCGAUUCCAGGCUCGCCGACUCCUCCAAGGAGCACCUCCUGAUCGAGACCGUAUCGGACGCCGUGGAAGGUGCACCUCUGCCAGCAGAAGUUGUAUUAGUAGGAAAGGUUGGGGACACUGAAGACGUUUUAAAAGCCUUGGAGACAGUUAAAGAAAUGGAGAUUCCUUUGAAGGUGAAGGAAAGCACGCCAAAUAGCAAGUUUGGACAACGGUUUAUAAAAUCUAUUGUAAAUAUGGAGAUCAAGCUACCAUUUGUUAAAUUGGACAAUGUGCAAGAUUUUGACAAUGAAAAUGUUGAGCUUGAAACUAUAUUUGUGUUGGAAGAAUUUGAAGGCCAGCCUUAUGAGACCUUGCACAAGAGGAAUGCUAGAAUCCUGGGGCCUCCUGUUGUGUUGCAUUGUGCAAGGAAAGGAGAGCCUUUGCCUUUUACAUCACGGCCGCUGUACUGCACAAGUAUGUUGGAUCUGGUCUUGUGUUUCACUGGAUUCAAGAAGGAGAAGAUGCUUAUUCUUGUUACCCUGGCACAUCAUAUGGGAGCAAUCAUUCGGAAAGAAUACACUGGUAAAAUAACUCAUCUUGUGGCCAAUUCUACUCAGAGUGGCAAGUUCCGGUGGUUCUGGGGAAGUAUACAGAUGGAUGCCAGAGCUGGAGAAUCAAUGUACUUGUUUGAAGAGUCAGAAAGUCCAACCCUGAAGACAUCAGUGUCUUUGCUUUCAUUGAACACACCAAAUAGCAUGCGCAAAAGGCGCCGCUUGCGGGAUACGCUGACACAGUUUACAAGAGAGACUGACAGCUUCUCGCCAUUCCCUCCACGCAAAAGACCUUCAGCAGAAGCUUCCAUUUCAUUGGGAUCAUUGUUGGACAUCUCUAACACACCGGACUCCUGUGGAGAAUAUGAAAUGAACAGGAUAGUAAAGAGGCAUAGAACAAGUGAUAGACAGCAGGGCACAUUUGUGCAAUGUGGCAAACCGAUCCAUAACUGCCGAGUUCAGAGAUGGCCAAAAAACGGAAAGAAGUCCGGAAAGCUUAUUAGUCAUACCAACUCAGAAAUAGGACAACAUGCUAAGUGUCUAGAAUUUCUUCAAAAGAAAGAAUAUGGCCAUAAUACUUUUAGUUCCCCCAUUGGCACUUCAGAGGUAAAAUUAGCUUUUGAGCUUGAAGAUACACCAGAGGUUAGAGAAAGAGCAAAAAAAGGAGAAACAUUUCAAAGGCAAGCUUUUGUAGAAUUUCCAGAAAUUACUGAGGGAUCUGUCUUGUGGAGCAACACUGUGAUUGAAAUGGAUGCUUCUUCCUGCACUACUGAAAAGUUUUAUGGUCAGUUAGAUGAAGGACUUCUCAAAACUAAUGCAGCAGAUAAUUUAGCAAAUUUUUGGAAGACUACUGACUUGUCGCAAGUCAUUGAAACUAAUUUGACAGAAUUUCAGCAGAGUACCUACGCCAAAAAUGAAGAUGUUGAAUCAUGUGAUCAGGAAGACAGGUUUCCAACUCAAGGCAAUUUGGAUAAAGAUGGAGAUUUUGGCUCGUUACAGAAAUUUCAUAUUGGUGCAUUUUCCAGUGUGGUUAAAGCACAAUUUCUAGAAUUAGAGGUGGCACUAUCCAAUGAGCAAACGCAGCAGAACUUGCAGAAAAAUGAGAAUGAUGAAUUUCAACAAAGCAGCAUGAUUGAAAACCUGCAGGAUGUAGAAAUGUCUUCAGUCUCUGAAUGUUCUGUGGCUCAAAGCUUUACUUUGUGGGAUGUCAGUGCACUUUAUAGUGAAGAGACUCCCAAAUCCAGCGUAAAAUCUUCAAAAUGCUGUGCAGCCAUUCCUGCAAAGCAGUCUGCACGGUGGCAAGUUGCAAUGGAACUGUACCAGACAGAAAGCAACUAUGUUGAUAUUUUAACUACCAUUAUUCAGCUAUUUAAGGUUCCUUUGGAACAAGAGGGUCAACUUGGAGGUCCUAUUCUUGCACAAGAAGAAAUAAAAACAAUAUUUGGCAGUAUUCCAGAUAUUUUGGAUGUACACACAAAAAUUAAGACUGAUCUUGAGGAACUUAUUUUGAAUUGGUCAGAAAACCACAGUAUAGGUGCCAUUAUACAAAAAUAUUCAAAGGACUUGGUGAAGACCUAUCCUCCAUUUGUGAACUUCUUUGAAAUGAGCAAAGAUACUAUUGGGAAGUGUGAAAGGCAGAAACCAAGGUUUCAUGCCUUCUUAAAGAUUAAUCAAGCUAAACCUGAAUGUGGUCGCCAGAGCCUGGCUGAAUUGCUUAUCCGGCCUGUGCAGAGGUUGCCAAGUGUGGCCUUGCUGUUGAACGACCUUCGCAAGCAUACCGAUGAUGAUAAUCCUGACAAAGUCAGUUUGGAAAAUGCAAUUGAGUUGCUAAAAGAAGUAAUGACGCAUAUCAAUGAAGAUAAAAGGAAAACUGAAGGUCAACGACAAAUCUUUGAUGUUGUCUAUGAAGUAGAUGGUUGUCCUGCCAACUUAUUGUCAUCUCACCGCAGUCUUGUCCAGCGAGUUGAGACCAUUGUGUUAGAUGAUGACUUGUGCGACCGCGGUGAACAGGUCACAUUAUUCUUAUUCAAUGACUGCCUGGAGAUUGCAAGAAAGCGCCAUAAAGUAAUUAGUUCUUUCAAGAGUCCUCAUGGUCAAACACGUCCCCCUGCCUCUCUGAAACACAUUAUGCUAAUGCCUCUUUCCCAGAUAAAGAGAGUAUUGGAUAUUAAGGAGACUGAUGAUUGCCGCAGUGCCUUUGCCUUGGUGGUACGACCUCCAACAGAACAAUCAAACCUACUGUUCAGUUUCCAAUUAAUAGUGGAAGAACCCAAGAAGGAUUAUUGGUUAAGAAUGCUUUGUCGACAUGUGGCAAACACAAUUUGCAAAGCAGAUGCAGAAAAUAUUAUUUUUAACACUGAUCCAGAAUCUCUUGAAGUCAACACAAAAGACAUGGAUAGCACAUUAAGCAGAGCAUCAAGAGCAUUUAAAAAAACCUCAAAGAAGGUUACAAGAGCAUUCUCAUUUACUAAAACACCAAAGAGAGUUUUGCAACGAGCACUGAUGGUUCACAGUACCCCUGAUACAAAGAGCCCAACAAAUAAUGGAACUUACCUGGGUAGUCGAUUGGCCAGUACAUCAUCUUUAGUGGGAGUACAAUCGCCUUCAUUGGUGAGUCUACCAGCGAUGUUUGAGAAAAAAUACCACACUUUCAGUCGAUCAACAACUCAUUUGAUAUAGCACCUGCACCUUCGCUAAAUGUGUAAAAUAAUAUUUUUGAUCAGUUGCAAUCAUUGUAAAAGUUUGAAUGAUAUCAAAUGGAAUUGUAUUUGAAGCAUGCAUAAUUUUAAGGAAAGGAUAAUGCUAACUGUACUGUGGAUUUUUUUCAUUUAACCUUGUUCCAACUUUACAAUACU